CCGAGACAAGUUACCAAGAGAGUACAGGAUCGACGCUGAUACCGAUUUGCCGUCGGCACGACGCCGGGCUCUUGGCGCCAAAACAAACCAUCGGGUCCAUCCCCCUACCGGAACUACACGACACGUAAGACACGUAACAACAAUCCUCCGCCUCGCCAAAUAGUCCUCUCUGGGUCGUCUCGGAUACACUCUUUUCCACUUCAAAAGGCCUUCGGUGGAAAGAAAAUGAGCCUCGGAGGUGUGCCGCUCUUCGGUUCUAAUGGAAAUCUGGGUUUUCUGGUCAUUGUCUCCUCACAGAUCCCUCCGCCAGAAAUUGUAUUCGCUGAGUCUUCACUUCCGGGUCCGCCAUCUUGUUGCCUCCAUUUCUCCACGAGGGGGGGUUAAAGGCCCCCAAAAUAUGCAUAUAUGAAAAGGCCAAAAAGUAACCGUCAGUGACAGGGAGUCUUAACUAGAGAAGGAAACGGGACCAAACUGGCGGGCUCGGUGAAAGCGCGGCCGGCAGCGUCCCGGACGAGGAGCUUCCUGAAAACUUUUGUUCCUAUGCAUAAAGAUGUCUUUGGUGGACUUGGGGAAGAGGUUACUAGAAGCGGCAAGAAAAGGCCAAGAUGAUGAAGUGAGAACAUUGAUGGCAAAUGGCGCCCCAUUCACCACAGACUGGCUUGGAACAUCACCCCUCCACCUUGCAGCCCAGUAUGGUCAUUAUUCCACAGCAGAAGUGCUCCUUCGAGCAGGCGUUAGCAGGGAUGCCCGGACCAAAGUGGACAGGACCCCCUUGCACAUGGCUGCAGCUGACGGACAUGCCCACAUCGUGGAACUGCUUGUUAGGAACGGUGCAGAUGUGAAUGCCAAGGACAUGCUAAAGAUGACAGCUUUACAUUGGGCCACAGAGCACCACCAUCGAGACGUUGUGGAGCUGCUUAUCAAGUAUGGAGCUGACGUGCAUGCUUUCAGCAAGUUUGAUAAAUCUGCCUUUGACAUAGCCCUGGAGAAAAAGAAUGCCGAGAUUCUGGUCAUCCUUCAGGAAGCGAUGCAGAAUCAGGUGAAUGCUCAUCCCGAGAGAGCCAACCCUGUGACUGUGGCCACCCCAUUCAUCUUCACAUCUGGAGAAGUUGUCAACCUCGCCAGCCUUGUUUCUUCAACCAACACCAAAACAACCUCAGGUGACCCCCAUGCCUCCUCAACCGCACACUUGGCAAAUUCCACCACCUCGGUGCUGGCCACCCUUGCAGCUCUUGCUGAGGCCUCAGCCCCCCUCUCCAACUCCCACAGAGCCACAGCUAAUUCAGAGGAAAUCAUAGAGGGAGAUUCCGUUGACUCAUCAAUCCAGCAAGUGGUGGGGAGUGGAGGCCAAAGGGUCAUCACCAUAGUGACUGAUGGAGUCCCUCUGGGUAAUAUCCAAACUGCAGUCCCUGCCGGAAGCAUUGGCCAGCCAUUUAUUGUAACUGUGCAAGAUGGACAGCAAGUUCUAACUGUACCUGCUGGUCAGGUUGCAGAAGAGACUGUAAUUGAAGAAGAAGAGGAAGAAGAAGCAGAGAAGUUGCCCCUGACUAAGAAACCAAGGAUAGAAGAGAUGACAAACAGUGGGGAGGAAAGCAAGGAGGGCACCGAAAGAGAGCUCCUACAGCAGCAGCUCCAGGAGGCCAAUCGAAGAGCUCAGGAGUAUCGACACCAGCUCCUAAAGAAAGAGCAGGAGGCAGAACAGUACCGCCUUAAGCUAGAGGCUAUAGCCCGACAGCAGCCCAACGGAGUUGAUUUUACCGUGGUCGAAGAGGUGGCGGAGGUAGAUGCCGUGGUGGUUACAGAGGGAGAGUUGAAAGAGAGAGAUGCGGGAGUGACCGUGGGGGCCGCAGGGACGACAGGGCCACAUGCGGGAGUUUCCAUAGAAACUGUUUCAUCUUAACAUGCGAGGGCCACAACUUGGACUGUGUCCGUCUUUUUCCUCUUUUUAAAAGAAAAUACAGAGGACUCACAUUGUGUAAUCAUGUCCUAAAGAAGAAAGGAUGUCCUAAAGAAGAAAACUAUAGCAGGGCACAAUGCUUGGACUCAGGAAGGCUUGCUAUGCAACUGGAAAAUGCAAAGCCAAAUCAGGGGAAUACUUCUUCUGGGGGACCUAAAGAAUAAGGACCAAAUUUCCAGCUCCCAUCAUCACUGCUUUAAGCUUAGAGGUAAAAGAGUGCUGGAUAUUGUUGGUUGAUUGUUUUUUAAACAACUGACUGUCGGAAGAUUUUAAGAUAACAUUCCUAGUAUGAACACACACAGGGCCUUUAAUAAUCGUACCAUCAGGUGACCUUAUAAUAUGCCUUAGAUCGAUGUGUACCUGGUAGAGAAGGAAACUAACUGGGAGGGGGGUUAGAAGCAAGCUUUUGGGAAGAGAAAGAUCUAUUCCACUUCCAAAGGAGCAGGCAUUCCCUUCUGUCCUGAGCUCACUUCACUGAAAAGAAAUUGGUAAUUGCCUCACUAACUCUGCAUCCAUUAUGUGUCCAUAAUUCAGAUGCCAGUUUAAGAAACUGAAGUGGAAUAUUUAAAAACUGGAAAGGAAAGAGAACUUGUUUACGUGGGAGAAGUGUAUGUCAAUCCAAAAUCCUCCAGGCUGUGCUUCCACAACGCUGGAAGGUGGCCAGAAAGAGCUUGUGGGGUUAUGAAACAAUCUGGUCUUGAGAUCCAAACUUUGCUCUGUCUGGAUUUUAUAAAAUCACCAUCAGGAGGGUAGUCUGUUGCUAGAACAACUUGCUUCCAAACACUUAUUUAUAUAAUACCAAGGUUUAAUAUCAACUUUUUAAUUUUAUAAAAUUGUGUGGCGUUUUCUAAGUGUGCCUUUCUGUGGAGUUUACGUGGUAUCCUCUUAAUUGCAAAAGAAGUCAGGGGACAGGUGAGUGCUGAGGGUGUUGUUGGAAUUUUAUGUUUCACUUCGGAUGAGUAACUUGUUCUUUUUCCUUAAGGUCGGGCCGUGCGCACAGCUUUCGUCCCUUAUAGGUGCUCGGUGUGUGAUGGCAAAGGGAGUAAAAAUCAGCAGUGUCAUAAAGUAAGGAGCCAGAACUUUUAGCCUGAUAACUUUGCCUGAUUCCCUUCUCUACCGCUAUGUCUGCUCCCUCUGCCUAGACACUACUGGAAAGUGUUUCAUUGCUGGGUUUUCUUCGUGUGCCAGUUUGGAGUUUUUUCAAAAGAAAGGGGGGAUGGCUGGAGAGAGAGAGGUUGUGGAGAGGUUACAUUACAGAAGUUACUGCUUUUGAAAUUGGGCCCUCAUCAUUCUCGACCUGCUUGCUUGCUUUAUUGUAAAUUAGAAGAAGAAACCAGAGGGAGAUGUGCCAAGUAAACAUUUGAAUGACUGUUUAGAAUAUGGUUUUCUUAAUUAGCGAUCAUGGGGAAAACAUACAUUUUUAAUCUGGAAUAAAACUUGACAGUUAACAUGGCUCUAUUUACCUUGAUUAGUAAAGUAAUUUGCUGCAGUUUUCCAGAGGUGCAGAAUCACUUGGGGCUCAAAAUAGACUGAAAACAUAACUCCCCAAACCAGAUUUAGCAAACAGAAUUGGCUAGUAGAGGCUUAUAGGCAAAAAUACCAGUUUUGAAAUGAGUCUUGGCUACUGGCCACCAUAAAACUAGGUUUUCUCCGGGGACUUGAGAGAUUACUCUGGGUUUGGGGGGGUGGGGGAGGGUGGCUGAUGAAACGCAGUGGAGGAGCGUUGGUAAGGGUGAGGGGACAAUUGUGCCUUCUGCUGCCAAAUCAUCCUUUGUGUGUGUGUGUGUGUGUGAUGUUUUUCUUUUUUCUGAGUCCCUUUGUGAACCAGGUGCUAACAAUAAGCUGCUAUUGUGUGCCAUUUCAGAGCCUUAGCUUAACAACAGAGAUAGAGGGUCAUUUUAGUUAUGAUUUCCUAAUGUUCUUUGUGUAUAUAUUGACUUUAAUUCUUUCUUUUUUUUUUUUUUUUUCCUUUCCUGUUAAGGGGGUGGAGGUUAACUCUGCAGAUGAUAUCCAGGCCCAGCCCCCUCACUCUUUGGGGUAGCUUCUGAUUGGGGACGGGAGUUGCCAUCCAACACUCCCUGCUGAGCAUAGCUCCUUACUGCUUUGGGGAACUGUUUAGAAAUUCUUACUAUUCUCUUUCUGCAGGAGGCUGUCAUUCUCACCUAGAAAAAUCUUAACUACAGUCCAAGUCAUUUUUGAUGAUGGGGUCUCUGAGAUAGGGAGUUGGGAUAGGGAAAGAGAAAAGAGAAAUGUCUGGAAAGGGGUGGGUAGCAAAAAGGUAUUUGUUGUUAUUUACUUGAAAUACACCGUUUAGCAUCCCAAGGAAAAGAAAUAGGAUUUCGUCUCCACUUUGUAUUGCCUUGAAGAGAAUGGUAGGUCAGGAUCGCUUGAAGUAGUUAGAAGUUAAAUAUUAAAUGCAUUAAUGGCAGUACCAUUUUAUGAUUUAGCAUAUCCUUCUGGAUCAGCAAUGGAUGUUGGGAAAAUGUUGCUAGAUUCUUCUGGGUUGGUGGAUUCACCUGGUUUAUUGGCAAGAUUGGAUUACAGAGAAUCAAAUAACAGACAGGUGGUUCAGAGUUGGUGCUUAAGCCGAGAAACCUGGAACUUAGGAUGAUUGCCUACCUUAAAAUAAAGCUGCUUUAACAAUAUCAGUAUUAAUAUAUGAAUUUUAGGCUCUACAUUUGAUUUUGGUCAUAAGCCUUCCCCCAAGAGAAAAAGAAAGAAAUGUUAAUAUUUCUGUUCUUGUUCCUGGCUUCAGGGAUUACUUAUAAAUAUAUAAAUGAACGUUCCCUUCCUAUCACUACCUCUGUGGGAUCUCUUAAUUGUAAUGCCAGAGUUGAGGUCUCUUAAUGGAAGUAUGGGAGAACUUGACUUUAGGAUUUCUGGCUUUUGAACCCAGAGCCUUAAAAGAUGUUCUUUUUCUCUGUCAGAUCUCUGUGUAGUUAUUUUUGGCUUUGCCUUUCCCCCCUGUCUUCAGCCUUACCAUUGAAUUAUUAACAUUUUUGUGUCUGCUCAGUAGUGUUAGAAAUCUAUGGCAUACAAAAUGACUUCUUUAUAUUGAUGUAAGAGAAAUGAAUUUACCAGAGGGUUCUGUGACCAGGGCAUUUUUAAUACUCCUUUGUUGGGUGCGUAUCACUGUGUACAUUUAUAAAUACAUAUAGAUUUUCCCACUUUUCUCUUUGUUUAUUUGAGGUUCAACUCUAAAGUACCUGGUAUAACCUGGAAAUAUUUUCAUUUCAUUAAACACAUUAGGGUUUUUGUGGCUUCACUAAAGAGGCUGAAGAAGAAAAAGCCUUCUUUUGGCCCUUCUCUGAGACUCUGUAACAGGCAUAAUGAGAAACCUGAGGAGUCAUGCCCCAGGGAAAACCAAUCUCUGGCUUUACAGAGAUUUGUUUAGCGUGCGGUGUGAUGGCACCAUGUAAGCCAAACAGCUCAGAGUGGUGUCCAGGGUAAAGAGGGAGCCGCCCUUCCGCAGAGCAAGCCCCUGUAUCCACUCCUAUGGCAGCAGGUAGGCAUGCUGACUGGCACCUGUAAAACCCCUGACACCUCUGUACAAGGAAGAACCCUGGAUAAGGGCCAUGGUGCAGGAUACCUGCUUUCCCAGUUUAGAAAUCUCAUCCUUUUGAGAAAGCAUCAUUUUGAGAAAACGUGUGUGGCUGUUUCUUCACAAACACCAUUAUAGACUUCCAGAGCUAGAGGACUUCAGGCAGAUACUGACCUCUUCCCGGAAGUUGAAUAGGAAUCAGUUUUUAUCCAGAUUUACUGGAGAAUGGUCUCCUGUUCUCUACUGCUUGUGCAGACAUCUCUGUAUGGCCAGAAAAGGAGCUUCAGAAUGGAAUAUAUGUCAAGACCACCUAUAUGCUAUUCUGGGCUCUUAUCGAUCUCCAUUUUAUGUGAUGACUAUUUUCGGACUUAGUACUCUCUUUCCCAUGCCAAUAUGUUUAACAAGAGACCAGGAGCAAGAAGGAUGUGAGUUUGAAUUAAGUAGUUUUGAGCCUCUGGUACUUUUUUUUUUCUUCUUGGAGCUUCUUUAGGAUUAGUGGGUGGGGUGACAUUCCUAGACUCUACAGUAGCAGUUUGGCUUGUUAGUGGCAGGAAGUUGUGAUUUCCUAUCUCUCUCUCCUCCCCCUUCCCCUCUAACUUCUUCUGCUUCUGUGACCCCAUUGGUCUUAUCUCAUUGAGUCUUUCCCAGGCAUUAAUAAUUAAUAGGUCGUUUCUAAUAUCUGGGCCUUGUCCUUCGUCUUUCCACUCCCCUCCUUCCCUAUUACAUAUUUUCUGUUCAUUCUGAAAUGGUUUGUUUUUGACAGUUAAUCUAGGUCACAGCCUAUACCUCGUGCUUCCCUUCCCAGUUGCUUUCAGGCAUCUUGGUCUAUCAACAGUAAAGGACGGAUAGCAGCUCCCUUCUCUGGCUUUGUCCUGUGUACUGUCCUUCUGCCAAGGUCAUUUAUGUUAGUGGAGAAGAGAAAGAGGGUGGGUGGGGUGCCUAGAUUCUUCUGAAAAUGUCCUCAGUUUUUCAGGUUUUCUGACAGCUUUAUGUACAGUAUGUUUUAGGAAAGCUUAAAUAUACUUCUCUUUAUUUAGGAUUUUAAUAGGGUUUGAUUUUGAUGAGGAGGAUUUUGUAUAUGUGCGUGUGGGUGAGUCUUUGUGUGUAUAUGUACCUAUACAGAUCUAUAUUAUAUAUACAAUUUUUGUACUAUCAUUUAAAGUAAAGAUGUUUCUUAAUAAAAUGCCAAAGUCUUACCAUU